AUGAACGGCGAUGCCGCCGUGUCGGCUUUGGGCCGCCACGGCAGCCAUCUGUCCAUGUCUUCCCUUCCGCUGCGAAAAAUGAGUGGCAUCUCAGGCAACUCUGGUCCAGGCUCCUUGGCCAGUCAGCCGUCGACAGUUGAGGGGCCGACCAUGUCUGUGCCUUGCUCGCAGGGCCUUCAGGUUUGUUUCGGCUUUGCCCGCUUUGUCUCCGGCCCAUGCAAGAGUACAGGCCGGGCCAUUCGCCCGUUUGCACUCACACAAGCUCCUUCCUGUCCUUCUCUGGGACGGAUCAAUCAGAUGCUGUACUCCAACAUGCUGGAGCAUCAGAGCACCGCCCUUCUUACGGAAUAUUCCAAGCAGCAAGCCAGCGGCCUGCCCAUGGAGCUUCGCAUGGAGUUUACCUUGAUCAAUAUGAUGAAGCGCAUCGAGGACACCCACCGUCAUGAAGUGACCAUCCUUGAGGAUCUGCAACCUUGUUCUCUCUUGAUUGUCCUCGUCCUCCUUUUACAUUCGUACGGCUGGUUGAACCCAAACGACAUCGAUACGCAGCAAUUUGCCAAGCGCAAGUGGCACGAUUCACUGUAUCAAAAAGACCACGAGAACAUGUGCGUCUUCAUGCUCUCUGUCUGUCGAAUGCGUUCCAUCAGCUUUCUUUUCGUCUUCCUCACCCUCACCCCUACUCACUACGACAGCCUCCUGGAGGAUCUGUAUCGCGAAACGCUCAAGGCCCACGCCACAGACGCCGAGAUGAUUGCAAUCGCGGCCGAAGAACUCUCCACACUCAUCAAUACCAAUAUGGAGAAGCGCAUUGAGGAAAAGCGCCAGCUCUUCAAAACAGGCUUUCGGGUUCUAACCGCUCUGCAAGAAGAGCUCUACUGCAUGGACGAAGCCGUCUUGACCGCCCGCAAAACUUACGAGGCAAGCAUCAAGGAGUAUCAAACCCUCUGCAAAAAAAAAGCCAAGAAAAAGGUGGCGGACAAAGAAGCCAGUAAACUGCGCUCGCUGGAGAGCAAGGCGAAGUUGGCCCGGUACGAGUACCUGCUCGAGCUAGCCGCGGCCAACGAGGCCUAUCGCGUCUUUCGGGAUGAGCAAUUUCCAGAGGUGGCGGACACUUUGGCCACAAAGACACUUGAGUGGCUGCAGACCUUUAUCAAGUCAUGCUGCAACAUCUUGGCUCAGCCCGCCGAACAGGCGCUCGAUCUGAAGAUUGAGCAACAGCAUCGUGCCGACCUUCUCUCGGCCGAGUUUGAGCGAAGAACCUUUUUGCACCGCUGCCGUCGCGAAUUUCCUGGCCGCCAGCUCUUUGAGGUCAACCUGGUGCCGGGCGACGAGGAGCGUGUCAUUCGCGUUGAUACUCAGGCCACCAAACUGACCUUGGGUCAGCUGCGCAAUCUUCUGCAACACACGGUGGAUAACAAACGCGCCGAGUUGGCCACGAAGGAGGAGCAAAUCGAAUCCCUCUUGAGUCUGUACUACCACUACACCAAGGCCGGGGCCGUGCUGGACAAGGGUGAGAACCAGGCUCGUACGAUGCGGCAAAAGAUGGAAAAGAUAUACUCGGAAAUAGAGGUGAUUGGUCGGCAGCAAGCCCAGAUCAAGGCCAAGAUUGACUACAUCACCGAAACGGGCGUGGAUGGCUUCCAAGAUGACUCUGCAAGUGACAGCCAGUCCGUCGCGACCACGGCUGUCAUUGACAUUACCGAGGCACAGGAGCGGGAAGCUGAACGCCGGCGGCGCCAGGUGGCAGGCGAUUCAUCUGACUCGCUUCUAGCGGCCCGCCGACAAGCUCAACAAGCCGCCGAUAAUUUUGCCCGCACCGUGGGUGAAGGCGGCGACAACCUAUCGCAAUGGGGCGGUGCGUCUGAAGCUGAAAGCACGCCCAAACCCCGCAAGUCCCUGGGCCUCUUCCGUCGUCGCCGCCAGACCCAAGAGGUGCAGCUUGGAAGGGGCAUGCCGGACGGCAUUCUUCUGGACGACAGUGUACAGGAGGAUGAUGAGCUCCCACCGCCACCACCCAUGACCUUUCCCAAAAGUGUGUCCCAAAGCAACCUCAACAUGGCUCCCGAGCCCGGUCACAUGGCAGCCAUGAUGCAGGCCGCUACACAUCCCGUUCCUGCUGCGCCCUCGCCUUUGGCCAUGGCCGGGAGUGCAGCUGCCCCACCACCGCCGCCACCUGCACCCGCACCAUCGCUACAAGAGAUGCAAAGUCACCACCGAGUCAGUCAAACUGUCACGUCUUCUGCCGCCGCAGAAGUGCAUUCGUUGUCGCCAGGUGGCAUAGAUGACCACGUGGAUCCCAUGGCUACCUUUGCAAUUCCUCCACCCCCAAAUGGCUUUGCCAGCGCUCCUGUCACGCCGUCGCCUUCAGGGCCCUCUCCCGAAGUGGCGAUGGAGGCCGAGGUGGAGCCAAGCUCAGAAGAGGAGGAAGAGGAGGAGCCUGCGCCCAACAGCUUGGCCGCCCAGCUCCGCAAGCGCUCUAAGGCAUUGAACCACUCUCCCAAGCCCGUGAUUUCGACCAUCGUGCCCACCGGCUCGGUUGUUUCUUCGGGCGACGCGAGCACACCCGUCUCUGCCGCACCAGCACCAGCACCGGCGGCACCGACACCGGCAGCGCCCAUACCUACCGGCAACUCACUGAUGGACCAGCUUCGGGCCCGUCAGCAGGCCAUGAAGCCCGUAGCAGCGGCGCCACCUCCCGCUCCAAUGCCUACUUUGGCUUCACAGCCUACACCCACGUUGGCGCCAGCGCCUGCUGCCACCACCAAGGCAGCUCCAGCCCCGCCGACGACAGCCUCGGCUGCAGUGCCGGCAGUCGCCCCAAAGUCACCCAAGCCAGCCCCGCCCCCACCGACGGCAGCCAAGCCGUCGCUUCGUCCAGCCGUGCCUCCGCCGCCACCUGCGGCCCGAGCUCCCGCCCCAGCUUUGGCACCACCACAGCCUAUGCCAGAAGCCUUGUUGCUUCCCAUGUGCCGGGCUCUGUAUCCCUACUCCCCGAUGCAACCCGAUGACCUGGCUCUGACGGAGCGGGAGAUGCUGUAUUUCCUGGUUGAGCGCGACGACGGUUGGGCCAACGGCAUGAACCUGCACGGGCAAGUUGGCUUUUUCCCCUCCAGCUACGUGGAACACAUGGAUACCCGCGACAUAUCGAGCUGGACGCCAGCGCGGGUCUGCACGAUCAGCCUUGCGGUUGGCGAUCAACUGGGUCUGAGCCUUGGGGCGGGCCGUCCUGUGCAGAUUGACAUGGUGAUCCCUGGCUCCCCCGCUGCGCGGGCACAGCUUAGGGCUGGCGACAUGAUCUUGGAGAUUAACAAGAGACCAUGCGCCAUGAAGUCUGUGGUGGACAUUACGGGCCUCUUGACUGACCCCGGGCAAGACGUUGGUGGUGUGCGAUCGGUGACCUUGACGGUGAUCAAUCGCAACGAUGUAAUAAGCGAUGCGCAGCGCCUCAAUGCACUCAGGUACGCGUUUUCUCCUUUGGAUGAACCCGGCGGGAUGGUCGCACAAACGCCAUCUCAUGGACUGUGCCUUUUUGCUGAAAACGAUUCUCGCUCCGGUUGA